ACCAAUGAUAGGGAAGCUAGGCGGGCGCCGGGCGGAAGCGCUGCGCACAAACAGGAAGUGUGGGGUUCCGCGCGCGGUGGCCAUGGAGGCGUACGAGCAGGUCCAGAAGGGGCCCCUGAAGCUGAAAGGCGUCGCGGAGCUCGGCGUGACCAAGCGGAAGAAGAAGAAGAAGGACAAGGACAAGGCCAAGCUGCUGGAGGCCAUGGGGACGAGCAAGAAGAGCGAGGAGGAGAAGCGGCGCUGCCUGGACAAGCGCACGCCGGCGCAGGCGGCCUUCGAGAAGAUGCAGGAGAAACGGAAGACAACUUGGAGGAGUUGCUUCUCCCCUCCCACAUGUGGAUCCCAGGGAGUGAACUCAGGCACCCUUGCCCUUCAAGCCAUUUUGCUGGUCCUUGUCUUCAUUUUGAAAUGGGACCCUCUGAUCUCCUGCUGCAGCCUUCCCGUGAGGGGAUCAGAGCAAAUGGAAAGAAUCCUGAAGAAGGCAUCCAAAACCCAUAAGCAGAGAGUGGAGGACUUCAACAGACACCUGGACACACUCACAGAGCACUAUGACAUUCCUAAAGUCAGCUGGACCAAGUAACCUGCCCCUGGUGCAAAAGACAGGCCAGGUUGGCUGUAUUGCUCCCUCAGUGUUUUCUAGAAUGUUCUACAUCUGCCUGGUGCAUCUGCUGAGCCCAGGCUUUCUGAAACUUGAAUUAAAGUCAGGCUGUCCUUUCACUGAGUUUUGGUUUCUGGGUAGUACCAUUUCCUAUUUGGACGAGAUGUUGUGAAUUGACAGGCUGGGAUCAUUUCUGGGUGAGAGCCAUGGAAGGAGGGUACCUUCCCAACCCCGUUUCAGCAUCUGUCUUCAUCUGUACCACAAUGCCAGGACAGGAAGCUCCUGCCUGUGGACCACCACAGAAGUUCCCACAGUGCUGCUCCUUUUGGGCAACCUGGACAUCAGACCACACAGCUUACAUCAAGCAACAGCCACCUGAAGCAAGGAUGAGACACGGGCCUCCGGCAUAUGGCCAGUUCCUCAGUCCACCCUGUGGGGGCCAUUGCAGACAUUUCUAAUCAAUUCAGUUCUCAAUGAUGGCACCUGGGACUCUAAGCAUAUGGUAUGUAUCAUGAACCUGUGUGGCAUUCCUGGCUUAAGGACACCAAAUGCCAGACAGUGGCCAGGGCAAAGCAUCUGAGAGACUAGGUGACCACUUGGAGAACCUGUGCACACACACUGUUGAGAGAAGCAGCUUGUGUUGCCAUGGAUACAGAAAAAAUGCCAGGAAUCGCUGGAGCUGUCUUGUAGAAUAAAGCAAAUGCCAGUCAUGAA